AUGAGUACAUCGAAUGACUUAUUGUUAUGUCCACUAUCAUAUGUAUUAUUUCGUAAUCCAGUCGUAGCACAAGAUGGGCAUACAUAUGAAAGAGCUGCUAUUGAAGAUUGGAUCCGAAGAAAUGGUAGAAGUCCAAUUACACAACAACGAUUAUCUAUUGAAAAUCUCUAUCCAAAUCAUCUGGUAGAGAAGAUUGUCGGCUCUUUCGAGGAGUUCACCCGCAAUAAAAAAUAUCAGUUUACACUUGACGUCGACAUACUCAAAUUGGAUCGACCAUUCUUUCAAACACCAACAAAGUCGAUCUACCGCGCCAAAUGGUUACUCAAGAAUGAAAACUUACCCGAAAUCGUUCUUUUAAAAAUUAAUGGUGCUCGAGCAAGAAAAGAAGCAUCGAUCUAUGUUGAACUCACUCGUCAUCCAAACAUUGUUCGAACAUUUGGUUUUGUCAACGACAAAUAUAGUAAUGAACAGAACAGCGCAGUACUUUUAGUACAAGAAUAUGCAUCUAAAGGAAGUUUGUACGAUUUAUUACAAGAGGAAACAGUGGUUUUCAAUGAGAAAGUUCUUGUACAAAUAUUUCUACAGAUCAUUGAAGCAAUGAUAUAUUUGGCAUCUAAUCAAGUCAUUCAUGGUGAUUUAGCAUGUCGAAAUGUUCUUGUAUUUUGUUUUGACCCAAAUAAUCCGGAGAAGAAUGUUGUAAAACUUACUGAUUUCGGUCUCAGUCGUACUAGUCAAUUGUUUUCAAUGGUACCUACUAGUGCACAAACACCGCUGAACAUAGUUCCUGUUCGAUAUGCUGCACCCGAAAUACUAUUAGAUAGCACACAGUCUGAUCAUUAUACAGAAAAAUCCGAUGUAUAUUCGAUAGGUGUAUUGAUGUGGGAAGCAUAUUCACGAUCUACAUUACCAUGGGCUAAUGUGGAAAGAGAUGAGGACGUUAUUCAACGAGUGACAACGGGUGAUAUUCUAUGUCAACCACCAAAUUGUAGUCAACCAUAUUGGGCUAUCAUUCUCAAAACUUGGGUCAAAUUACCAGAUGAUAGGCCAACUUUCAAUGAAUUAAAGGGUCUCCUAACAGAGCAGUAUUAUCGUUCAGAUAAUUGCUUGAAGAACGGUGUUCCAAAAUGGAGACUUACGACGCCAGGAAUUUUCCUGGAAGGGCCAUGUAUCAAUGAAUCUUGUGAAGCUUACAACCAAGGAAACGUAGUUAUUUGUAUUGGAAUGAAGAAAUUCGAUGUAGUUACGGAGUCUGAUGAAUCAACUACUAAAUGUCCAAUGUGUUCCACAUAUGUUGAACCAAAAAUUUGCGCUUUCAAUAAUUGUUCUGGACGUUGGUCAGGCAUUCAGCAAUUGUCCAAUAAGCCACCAUUGCGAUGUUCUGGUGACUGGAAAAUAUUUAGAGACGAAUAUCAUCCAUUUGAUGGAAAUACAAAUGAAACAAUUAACUGGCGUCAAUUAAUCUUGGAAGCCGAACCAUUAUAA